AUGAAAAAAUCGCUUUUGAUCACGUGUAUUUACCUGCAUGACUGAUUGGACGAAUGGGUUUCGCUAUUUUUAAAUGAGGAAUUUUUAGAAGCACGUGAUUGUCAAAAUGGCAGCCCACUGUGAUUUUGCUGCUCUUGAACUUCUAAUGAAGGCUUCAUCCAAGGACCAAGUGGUCAAGAUCUGUAACGACAUUUACCUGGCUAGUCCCCCCUACACAGAUGUACUGGUGUCUCGUGUAUGUGAUGUUUUAGGAACCCGUCCAAAUCAAACAAAACAGAUGUUGGAAUCCCUCUCGUCGCUCCUAAAAACUAUAAUAUUUCAUGGAUACUCAGAAGCACAAGAAAUACAAAGCUUAUUCCCAAAGGACUUCCACAAGAAUCUUCGAGAUUUGAUUACAAAAAUUGCUCUGGAAAACAUGAACAACUGGAAAAACCAUUCUAUUAGUAACCAAGUAUCAUUGCCUCGACUGAUGGACUUUGAUUGGAGAGUGGACACAAAAAUGGCCUCAGACUCUGUCAGCAGAAUGUCUGUUCCCACCUGUAUCAUACAAAUGAAGGUUCAGGAAAACCAAACUGAAGUUGGUAGAGUGCCAGAAAUCAAUAAUGUCAAUGUUGAACUUUCUAAAGAGACAUUAGAUACAAUGUUAGAUGGGCUUAGUAAAAUCAGGGACCAAUUAUCCUCUGUUGCCAAAAGGUAGCCAUAUCAAGAAAAUGUCUGGACAAAAUCAACAUAGGACCAUAGUUAAAUGUGUCCAAAAAGUGCAAUAUAUAAUGUUUAAAAAAUAAGAUUUUCAAUAUAGUUUUGAUAUUUUGAAUGUUAUUUACCCAGUUGUCUUUUGAACACAAUUUUGUUAUUCAUGACAUCAGCAGUACACUGUACUACUGCACUAGAACACACUACAAAGGACUGUAUCAGGAAGGGGUGCAUAUUUACCUUAUCUAUCAUUCCAAUUCUAAAAUUUCCUUUAAUAUAGCUUGUAUAUAUAUAGACAAUGAUUUAAUAUAAAUUCAAGUGUGAUGAAGGCAUUUCUUUAAUAUCUACCAGAAAUUGUUACAUGUAUGAAUAAAACA